AUGACGGACCGCUCCACCUUCGACACCAAUGUCAUCACCAUGACCCGCUUCGUGAUGGAGGAGGGCAGGCGGGCGAAGGGCACCGGGGAGUUCACGCAGCUCCUCAACUCGCUCUGCACGGCCAUCAAAGCCAUCUCCACCGCUGUCCGCAAAGCGGGCAUUGCCAACCUCUAUGGAAUUGCUGGGUCUACCAAUGUGACUGGAGAUCAAGUAAAAAAGCUGGAUAUUCUUUCCAAUGACCUGGUGAUUAACAUGCUCAAGUCAUCCUUCAGUACAUGUGUUAUCGUGUCCGAAGAAAACAAAGAUGCUGUGAUAGUGGAAACUGAAAAACAGGGUAAAUACAUAGUCUGCAUAGACCCUCUAGAUGGUUCGUCGAACAUUGACUGUCUUGUUUCCAUUGGGACCAUCUUUGCAAUUUAUAGAAAGGUGUCUCCUGAUGAACCUUCUGGGAAAGAUGCUUUGCAGCCUGGACGCAAUCUCGUGGCAGCUGGCUAUGCACUCUAUGGGAGUGCCACCAUGCUGGUGCUGGCAACUUCUGCUGGAGGUGUCAACUGUUUCAUGCUGGAUCCGGCAAUUGGUGAAUUUAUUUUGGUGGAAAGAGAUGUGAAGAUCAAAAAGAAGGGAAAUAUCUACAGUCUCAAUGAAGGCUAUGCUAAAUAUUUUGAUCCUGCCAUCACAGAGUAUCUCAAAAAGAAGAAAUUCCCUGAGGAUGGCAGUUCACCAUAUGGUGGGAGGUACGUAGGAUCUAUGGUGGCAGAUGUGCAUCGCACACUGGUGUAUGGAGGAAUCUUUCUGUAUCCUGCUAACUCCAAAAGUCCCAAAGGAAAGCUGAGACUGCUCUACGAAUGCAAUCCUAUGGCUUUUGUUAUUGAGAAGGCUGGGGGCAUAGCUACAACUGGUCAUCAAGCUGUACUAGAUAUAGUGCCUGAGGAUAUCCACCAAAGAGUGCCUGUUGUCUUGGGGUCUCCUGAUGAUGUGAAGGAGUACCUUGAGAUAGUCAAGAAACAUUCAGCUAAGUAA